CUUUCUUUCCCAUCUUUAUAUUUUUCUCCUAUUUCUUUUAUCUCCCUUCUUUUUCUUUUUCAAUCUUUUAUAUCACAUUACUGUUACUCUAUUCUUUCAUUUACUUAUUUUUUUUUUGUAAAAAUACGCGUUGUAUAUACCUCCUUUUUAGUCUAUUGAUACUACCAUCACAAUGGAGAUUUUUGGCAUGACCAAAAAUAAGUCAAAACAACGGUCUAGACUAACUCCAGAUACUACUGUUCCUUUUUCAACAAAUACAGACAAUAUACUUCCACCUGCGCGAACUUGGUCAUCACAUACUUCUGAACACUCUUAUACAACUUCUGCUCCUUCUUAUACAUUGGAUGAUUAUUAUGGUGGAGGUGAUCUCUCUCCAACAAGCCCUCAAUCUCCUGUUAUAAUAGAUCCUUCUCCAAAUGCAUAUAAUGGUUUAACUGAAAAAGAAGUAGAAGCUCUUUUUGAAAAAAUGCUUACUCGCCGUGGUAUUCAUGAUGGAAAUGCUCGCUCUGUUAUGCUAUCAUUUCCUACUGAAAAGAAAUGGUUAAUGGUAUCUCAAGAUAAACAAGCAGAAACAACCUUACCCGCUCCUAUGGCAACGACUUCUUCCUCUAGUAAAAAAAAUCAUCAUCAUCACGAAUAUAAGGAACCCGACAAAAGUACACCUGAAUUCUACAUCAAACAAUUUUUGGAACCUGAUAUGUCUGGUGUUACCCCUAGAUUGGUUGCUCAUCUAGCCGUUAGUCUCCGUACAAUGCCAUUAAGUUGGGUACGUCAGUUUAUUGAAUCUCGGGGUUUACAAGUGAUUACAAAUGUCAUUGGCAUGUUGAACAAACGGGAACAAAAGACCGAAGCUGAUUUACAAAUGGAAGCAGAAAUUCUCAAAUGUUUCAAGUCAUUAAUUAAUAAUAGGUGGGGUGCCCGUGAAGUGAUUGCCAAUCCUCAAUGUAUCUAUCAUAUCGUACUUUCAUUGGUAUCACCUCCUGUAACAACAAGAAAACUGGUUUGUGAAGUACUUGCUUUUGUUUGCCAUGUGGAUUUACCAAAAGGUCAAGAAAUUGUGUUACAGGGAAUGGAAAAAUUAAAGGAAUAUCGACAUGAAUAUGGACGAUUUGAUGCUUGGCUCAAGAUAUUGGAAGCUACUUUGGAUGGUCGUGGUCGUAUGGGUAGUCUAGUUGGCGCUAGUGAAGAUAUCAAACGACUUGGUGGUGCUCCUGAUAAUCAAUUGAGUGAUUAUGCCCUUUCAAAUAUGAUGCUUGUCAAUUCGAUUAUUACUGUCAUUGAAGAUUCUGAAAUUAGAGUCCAUCUCCGUAAUCAACUGAAUGCUUGUGGUCUUCAACGUAUCAUGGAUAAGAUGAUGGAAUAUAACAAUGAACACCUACGACGACAUAUUACCAUCUAUAAACAAAUGGGCAACAAUGAUUAUGAAGAUAUGCUUGAAACUUAUAAUGACAAAAUUCUCAGCAAUAUGGAUGAUCCUCGUGAUGUUUUUGAAUCUAUUUUACAUCGGGUGGAAGGUACAAGAGGAUACGAUUUUUUACUCAGUGCUCUACAACAUUUAUUACUCAUUCAAGAUCAAGGCCCUGUUCAAGUACGAUACUAUCAAUUACUCGAUAAUCUGGUAACUCAGAUAGUACUGGAUAGAAAAGGACUCUCAUCUGAUGAUUUUUCUGGUGGCGUUGGUUGGUCUGUAGCAUCUCUCGUGGAAAAAUUUGCAGAACAAGAUCAGUUACAAACGGCAAUCAAUGAAGCAAGAGAAUCGAAGAAAAUGUAUGAAAAGGCUAUCAAGGAAAAGCAAGAAUUGGAGAUGGAAAUCGGUUUACAAGGAGAUGGAUUGGUUGGACAACUUAAAGACAAAACAAAUUCAUUGGAAGAUUUGCUACGAAUGUCUCGACAUACAAUCACAACGCUACAACGAAAGCUGAAAGAUGUACAACAGGAAUAUCAAAUGAAUAUCGCAGCAAUGGAUAAGCAAUUGAAGGAAAUGCAUCAACUGGCUGUGGAAACGAAUGCUGAUAUCAAGGCACAAUAUGGUGGUGAUCAAGCAGGCCAACCUACUCAUUUUGUUGUUGGAAGAAAUGAUGUUUCGCGUGCUUAUGAUAGAUUACGAGCUCAAGCGAUCUUGGAAGGAAAACCUGGGGAAGAAUCUGAAGAAAUACCCAAGGCUGAAGGUCUUUCUGAUACUUUCAAAUCAACGCUGACGCAACAACUAGGAUCAUCUAAUGUACCGAAUGGUUUUGUUAUUCCUGGAACUUUGCCUUUGAUUGGAUCAACAAGACGUGGCAUGCAGCAAUCUUUACGUAAUGAGGAAACGCCUGAAUAUGAAAGCGGCAAUAAGGAACAGCAACAACGACAACAACAACAACAACAACAAC